GAACUUGUCUCGAAAUUUCCGAAAUUCUCAGUCAUUUUGAUUGGCGCAAAGACGGCGGCUUUAGUAUUUUAUUUUUAUUUUUUUCAUAUAUAUUUACACACACACCAUCAUUCUUGAUUAUCUGAAACAUACCCUUUAUUCAAAAUGGUAUAUUUUCCAUCAAUUUCAAGAAUCAUUUCAUCUUCUUUAAGAAAAACUCCAAAUACCCAUUAUAGCAAAUUGAGGUUCUUGAGCAAUGUACCAGAGAACACAGUAUAUGGUGGACCAAAACCCCAGAACCCAAAUCAAAGAGUAACACUAACAACGCUAAGGCAAAAGUAUAAGAAAGGUGAACCAAUAACAAUGGUGACAGGUUAUGAUUAUCCAUCUGCUGUACAUAUUGAUAUGGCUGGAAUUGAUAUAUGUCUUGUGGGUGAUUCAGCAUCUAUGGUUGUUCAUGGACAUGAUACUACUUUGCCUAUUACUAUUGAUGAAAUGCUUGUUCAUUGUAGAGCUGUUGCUAGAGGUGCUAAGAGACCUCUUCUUGUUGGUGAUUUGCCUUUUGGUACUUAUGAGUCUAGUACUAAACAGGCAGUUGAUACAGCUGUAAGAGUUCUAAAGGAAGGAGGAAUGGACGCGAUUAAGUUGGAAGGUGGGGCGCCAUCAAGAAUUACGGCAGCUAAAGCUAUUGUUGAAGCAGGUAUUGCUGUAAUAGGGCAUGUGGGAUUAACUCCUCAGGCCAUCAGUGUUCUUGGUGGAUUUAGGCCUCAAGGCAGAAACAUUGAUAGUGCAGUCAAGGUUGUGGAAACUGCUAUGGCCUUGCAGGAAGCAGGGUGUUUUUCUGUUGUUUUGGAAUGUGUGCCUGCACCUGUGGCUGCAGCAGCAACGUCUGCUCUUCAGAUCCCCACUAUUGGAAUUGGCGCUGGACCUUUCUGCAGUGGUCAGGUGCUAGUUUAUCACGAUCUUCUUGGGAUGAUGCAACACCCCCACCAUGCCAAGGUUACUCCUAAGUUCUGUAAGCAGUUUGGAAAUGUUGGAGAUGUUAUCAACAAAGCUCUUUUGGAAUACAAGGAAGAAGUAACUAAUGGUUCAUUUCCCGGCGCUGCUCACAGCCCAUAUAAGAUUGGUGCAGCCGAUAUGGAUGGUUUCUUAAACGAGUUACAGAAGUUGGGCUUCAGCGAUGCAGCUUUAGCAGCAGCUGCUGCCGCUGAAAAGAUUCAGACAAGCUAAUUUGCCCGCCUGAUCGAGAAGACCAGCAAAUUUUCCACAUGCUUGGAGCCAACAAGUGCUAUUUUUAGUAUACCUUCUGAAUUAUAGUACGCUAUGCCUAGCCACCUCGCGCAAGUGGGAAGAGGAGAGUUAAGGUGUUUCCGUGCCAAGAGAAGAGACAUUCGUUUUAUCGAUUAAAAUUAUAAAUGCAAAAUUAGAAAUAAGAUUAUAAAGAGUUCCUUGUAGUGUAGGCCAAAAGAAGUUGGUGAUGGUAGCAACACAAUUUCUAUAUUUAUCUUAGGAAGAAACUUCAAAAAAAAGGUGCUUUAUAGUAUGCAAUUUUGCAAGAGCAGUCAGUCUGGAGUGUAUUUGAGGUGGAAUGUGUAAAUCCAUUUGACAAAUUUUAUUUUGAGGUGAAAUGUCUUGGUUAUAAUGCUGUUAAUAGAUGAUUACAUUAUACAAA